UUCCACUGUGCACAACAUAUGGCGUCUUCACUUUCUCGCCAUUUCUCAACUGCGUCACGAGAUUCCAUUUCUACCCAUGGGUCAACCACCGUCUUCAACCACCACUCUCCGCCGCUGUUCCUCCGGGUCCAAUAUCCAACCAGUUGUGGUAGCGGUGGAGCUCAGUUCUCUAAGUUCAAAUGCUCCGCAGCGGAUUCUCAAACCGGGUUCUUCACGAAAUUGGGACGUUUAAUCAAAGAGAAGGCGAAAAAGGACGUAGAGAAGAUAUUCUCUGGUGGGUUUUCGAAAACAAGAGAUAAUUUAGCGGUAAUUGAUGAACUACUCCUUUAUUGGAAUCUCUCCGACACCGACCGCGUCCUAGAUGAAUUAGAAGAGGCAUUAUUGGUGUCGGAUUUCGGCCCAAAGAUCACAGUAAAGAUUGUCGAGAGCUUGCGAGAUGAUAUAUUUGCUGGAAAACUCAAAUCAGGAACUGAAAUAAAGGAUGCUUUGAAGAACAGUGUAUUGGAUAUUUUGACAAAGAAAGGUGCUAAAACAGAGCUUAAACUUGGAUUCAGGAAACCGGCAGUGAUCAUGAUUGUUGGUGUUAAUGGAGGUGGAAAAACUACAUCUCUUGGGAAACUAGCUUAUCGGUUAAAGAGUGGAGGUGCUAAGAUAUUAAUGGCUGCUGGUGAUACAUUUCGGGCAGCUGCGAGUGACCAACUGGAAAUUUGGGCAGAAAGGACGGGCUGCGAGAUUGUUUCAGCUGAAAAAGAGAAAGCCAAAGCAUCAUCAGUUCUGUCACAAGCCGUUAAGAAAGGGAAAGAAGAAGGUUAUGAUAUUGUUUUAUGCGACACCUCCGGACGACUUCACACUAAUUAUAGCUUGAUGGAAGAAUUGAUAGCAUGCAAAAAAGCUGUUGCAAAAGUUGUUCAAGGCGCCCCUAAUGAAAUUCUACUCGUUUUGGAUGGAACAACGGGUUUGAAUAUGCUUCCACAAGCUAGGGAAUUCAAUGAGGUUGUGGGAAUAACCGGUUUCAUUUUGACAAAACUUGAUGGCUCUNGAGGCUGCGUGGUUAGUGUAGUUGAUGAGCUCGGGAUUCCUGUGAAGCGUAGCCAAGAGAAGGUGUAUCAUACUAUUAUGUAUGGAGCAAUGGUAACACCAUAUGAAUGCUCGAGAGAGAGAAGGGUGGGAUUAGCCUAAAAGGACUAUUCCAUUUAGUCCAGAAGCACAACGAUAAGAUUAUUGUGAUCAAAAUGGGUAUUUCCGAUGGUUGAGUUUGGGUGUAAAAGUGUGGUUUAUGUAUAAGAUAAUUUAGGGACUCGAUUCAUUUGGGUUACUUCUAAAGUGCAUCCUCAAUCGGUUU